GAUGCCAAAACUUCUGAUACAAUGAACAUCAAUGAACAUCUUGAAUCAUUGCAACUAAACUUUAUACUUGAUUCAUUCGAACAAGAUGAGAUUAAUAUCUAAUAGAGACUGACUGCUAAAAUCAACUUUGCUAAAUUACCAAGUUUUUCGUGAAUCUGAUGAGCUACGGUGACUCAUUUAUGCGUCGAGUCACAACUGUUUUAGAGCCAAUUUGUGAAAAACGUUUAUUGACAAACCGAAUUAGUUGAAUUUCACUCAAAAUGUUCCUAACUUCACUAGCAAAUUACUUGCUUCUAAUCCUUGGUUAUCCAAAGCUGCAAUUGGAUUCCAAUAAAACAAGUUCAGAAAAAGUCACCGGUACUCAAAGUUAUAUCAAAUUGCAGCCGAUAGACACAUCUUCACAAACUGAAGAGAUGAUAGAAGUUAAAACGUAUAAGCGCCCUUGGGAAGUGAACGGCAAUGAAUCAUUUCCGGCAGAGUUUGAUUGGAGAAACAUGAGUGGGCGGAGUUUCACUUCUAUAAUGAGGAACCAACACAUUCCUGUGUACUGUCCCAGCUGCUGGGCUUUUGCAUCGACCAGUGCAUACGCCGACAGAUACACAAUCUCCAAGUAUAGACAAACGGGGGCUAUAGAUACAUCUUUGGUUCUCUCAGUUCAGCAUAUCCUGUCAUGUGCCAAUGCAGGGAAAUGUGUGCACCCAGUAAACCAUCCUGGUUCAGUACUAUUAGCUUACAAGUACAUGCAUGAGUCUGGUGUGCCGGAUGAGACAUGUAACAAUUACAAAGCAGUGGACCAAGAGUGCAGCGACUUCACUCGGUGUGGCACGUGUUGGAACUUCACCUACUGUCCGCCUGUGAAGGACUAUACCGUGUAUAAAGUGGAUGACUUCGGGUCUCUUCAAGGACGACAGGCGAUGAUGAGUGAGAUAUAUCACCGUGGACCUAUCGUCUGCUCCAUAUUUGCCACAAAAGAGUUCGAGCAAUUCACAGGUGGAACGGUGUAUCAACAGGAAGUACCCAGUGGUCAUUAUGAUCACGUGAUUUCGGUCUCAGGGUGGGGCGUUGACGCUGAGGUGGGCGAAUACUGGAUCAUACGUAACAGCUGGGGAACUUUCUGGGGCGAAAAUGGCUGGGCCAGGUUGCCGACAAGUAAGGCAUUUCCGAAUGAUCCGAAAAAGUGGGGAGGAGAUUACAAUUUGAACGUGGAAACAAGAUGUACAUACGCUGAUCCAAUUUUGAAUUAGUUUUACGGUUACAAGAACAGUUGGAUUGGAAUAAAUUGUCAAAAAGCCUGCAGCUCAAAAUCUGUAUUAUAAAUUUGUAAAUAAAUGUGUGAAAGU